AUGACACCUGGACAUUUUGUACCCAUUUUGGGAAGAAAUGGUAUGAGGACCUACGUACAGGCUCAAAAAUUGACAAAGGCAGAUUACAUAUUCGUGCAAUCAACGGCAACUAGCCGACUUAGGCCAUCAAAAAUUGCUAGUAUUACAAUUGAAGCAAAACUUGGUUAUUAUUCACCACUAACGACGACAGGCACAUUAAUUGUCAACAACAUUGCCGUGUCAUGCUACUCAAAUAUAAUUAGUCAUGAAAUAGGUCAAUUUGGCAUGGCUCCGAUCCGAUGGAUUCAUGCCAUUGUUCGAUAUUUGAUGCCACGUAUCAAAGCGCCAUUCCAGGAUGAUAGUUUAAACAAGGUUCAUUGGAUUCCGGAUAUAAUGCAAACUUUGGCUAAAACAUUGGUUCCGCAAAUCCUCACCAAUUAUUGA